CUCCACCGGCCAUGCACGACCGUUUCUCUCCCCAACCGUGGAUUUCCUAUUACUCUCGUUACGACUCACUGAGCCCCAGGCCCAAGGAUAAUGAUGUGUUGUUUCUUGGUAGCAUAAUUUGUCACACGUAUAUUUCUUCUUCUUCUUCUUCUUCUCCUCUUGCAGAAAGCACGGCUCCCCUCUCACACACUUGUACACUCCUGGUUAAUUCCGAGGAAACAAAUGAUCAACAAAUAACGCCAAAUUGGGACUUUUGGGGGGUCGGACUCGCUUUUUUAAAAAGAAGGAGAACAAAAGAAGGGACUCCUGAGUGAGCUUUUCUGGGGACCCCCUCCGAAGAUUACUUUCUUUUUUCUGGAGUGUGUGCGUGGUGAGUGUGUGUCAGGUGGCGUCCAAAGUCAGGAGACCAUGUCAAGAUCGGGUGACAGAACGUCCACCUUUGACCCGGCGCACAGUGACACGCUGCUGCACGGGCUCAACCUGCUGUGGAGAAAGCAGCUCUUCUGUGAUGUGACUCUCACCGCCCAAGGGCAGCAUUUCCACUGCCACAAAGCGGUGCUGGCGUCCUGCUCCCAGUACUUCAGGUCGCUGUUCUCCUCCCACAACGCCAUCGGCAACAACGAGAGCGGCAAGGGAGAUCAGGGCAGCGGCAGCACCCCCUCGUCUUCGCCCGACGACAAGUUGGUGACCCCGAGUGCCAGGCCCAUCAAUAACCUGGUCCUGCAGGGCUGCUCGUCCAUCGGACUGAGACUCGUGUUGGAGUACCUGUAUACGGCCAACGUGACUCUUUCCCUAGACACGGUGGAAGAAGUGCUGUCGGUCAGCAAGAUACUCAACAUCCCCCAGAUUACAAAGCUCAGCGUGCAAUUUCUUAACGACCAGAUCUCGGUGCAGAACUACAAGCAGAUCUGCAAGAUUGCCGCCCUACACGGACUGGACGAGACUAAGAAGCUGGCAAACAAAUACUUGGUGGAGGACGUGCUGCUUCUCAACUUCGAGGAGAUGUGCGCCAUGCUGGAUGCCCUGCCGCCGCCAGUGGAGUCAGAGCUGGCGCUCUUUCAGAUGUCGGUGCUGUGGCUGGAGCACGACCGCGAAACCCGCAUGCACUACGCACCAGACCUCAUGAAGAGGCUGCGUUUUGCUCUCAUCCCAGCCCCGGAGCUGGUAGAGCGGGUGCAAUCGGUGGACUUUAUGAGGAGUGACCCCGUGUGCCAGAAGUUGCUGUUGGAUGCCAUGAACUACCACCUGAUGCCCUUCAGACAGCACUGCAAGCAGACCACAGCCAGCAGAAUCCGUUCCAAUAAGAGAAUGCUGUUACUGGUGGGUGGUUUGCCCCCUGGACCUGAUCGCCUCCCCAGCAAUUUAGUCCAGUACUAUGACGACGAAAAAAAGACAUGGAAGAUACUCACAAUAAUGCCUUACAACAGCGCCCAUCACUGCGUGGUGGAGGUGGAAAACUUCCUGCUGCUGCUUGGCGGAGAGGAUCAGUGGAACCCCAAUGGAAAACACAGCACAAAUUUUGUAAGUCGCUAUGAUCCCAGAUUCAACAGUUGGAUACAACUUCCUCCUAUGCAGGAGAGGAGAGCCAGCUUCUUCGCCUGCCGCCUAGAAAAGCACAUGUACGUGAUCGGCGGCCGCAACGAGACUGGCUACCUCUCCAGCGUGGAAUCAUACAACCUGGAGACCAACGAGUGGAACUACGUGUCGUCUCUACCGCAGCCAUUAGCCGCCCACGCGGGAGCGGUGCACAAUGGCAAGAUCUACAUAUCAGGGGGGGUCCACAACGGCGAGUAUGUGUCGUGGUUGUACUGCUACGACCCGGUAAUGGACGUGUGGGCCCGCAAACAGGACAUGAACACAAAGCGCGCCAUUCACACGCUGGCCGGAAUGAACGAUCGCCUCUAUGCCAUCGGGGGGAACCAUUUGAAAGGUUUCUCUCAUUUAGACGUCAUGUUAGUGGAAUGUUAUGACCCCAAAGCCGACCAGUGGAACAUCCUGCAGACACCCAUCCUAGAGGGGCGCAGCGGUCCAGGAUGCACUGUCCUGGACGACAGCAUCUUUCUCGUUGGUGGUUACAGCUGGAGCAUGGGGGCGUAUAAAUCAUCAACCAUCUGCUACAGCCCUGAGAAGGCCACAUGGACAGAGCUGGAAGGUGAGGUAGCGGAACCUUUGGCGGGCCCAGCUUGUUCCACUGUCAUCCUGCCCGCGUGCCUCCCCUUCAACAAAUGACAACUAAUCCAGCCCAGAGUUGGCAACCACAAGGAUGAUUGGGAGGAAUAUCGCCCUUAGGCAGGCAGAAACUUUCCCGUAAAACUCCUCCGCUGUUCAGCUGUAUGGGAGUGUAUAAAUUAUUGUUAUUGUUUUUUUUUUUUUUUUUUUUACAAGUUUGACCGGAGCACUUUGGCUAUAUCCCUCUGAAGGUGUAAAGUGAGGGAAGGAAAGCAGUGUAUAAAUCAUGUAUUUAAACUGGUCACGUUCGUGUGAGCUCUGAUUUAUUGACACUGUCAGUGGGUGUUUUCUUCUAUUCUAUAGCACGCAUUAGCUCAAUGCUAGCUUUCGGGUCCAUCGUAUAUAUUGUACACAUCAAUCCCAUAAAUGAGAGAACGAGAGAGACAAGACAGAGAGAACAUUCCCACAGAAUGUUAGCAAUCGACCAGGACUAGGUCGGUGAGUUUCUCUUCAUGUAAAAAUGGUCAUCGUGACUAACUACGCUAACACACGAUCACCAGCUUAAACAUGCUUUCUUUUAUUGCUCAUGUUCCUGCAUCGAAAGUGGGAGCAUAUUUUUCAAAAUACUCACAAAAAAACAUUGACGAUUUUCGAAAGUGCAGCUGAAGCUAAGAAAUUUGUUGAAGGUUUUCACAUAUAUUUCUUUAUUUAAUAGAAGUCUCAAUUGUAAUGCAUUAAUUAAUGAUAUAUGUAUUGAAUGACAUAUUGAUGGUACAAUCAAAUUGUAAUUUCUAGCCAAUGUACUGGAAGCAUGCAAAUUGAGUGGCGGCUGAAACGGAACACGCCACCUACAGGAGGAGUAUGGCAUACUACAAUCUUCCACUUAAUAUGAAGGAGUAUGAGAGCAGCACUAAAAAGUUAAAAAAAAAAAAAAAAAAAGAAAGAAAAAGGAAAAAAAAUCUGCAUUAAAAGAAAAACAAUUGAUAACGUAAAUCUGUGUUUGUUGUUUUAAAAUAUGAUUUUGAAAAUUAAUAGUGAAACACUUGUGAUUUCCUUAAGGGAAAAAUCCGAAUACAAUCCAAAGGGGUUUUUUGUCAGUAAAAAGAGAAACGAUGCAAUAUUACAAAAUUAGGAUGUUACCUUAUUUGGUUUCUUAAAAUUCUAUUGUUAAAUUACAGCGCGUUCCUGGUACUUAAAUAAUUUUUUUUUUUUAAUAUGAAAAUAUUACUUGCAUUUUGACGGAACAAUUUUGGUCUUGGAGGGGAAAAAAAGCUUUUAUUUUUGCAGGAUUCCAAUUUUUUCUCCUUCAAAUAUUAACUUUUCAUGAAUAAAUAACUUUUUCACUUACAUUCCACCCCCCCCAAGCUCUUGUACUCCUUCAAUAUAACCAUACUGCAAAUCUUAAUGCACUAUUAGUGAACCCGUGUGUUCACCGAAAUGUAAAUUAAUUAUUGUAUUGUGUUAAACUAAAAACAACGAAAGAAAACCAACUUUCAGUACAACUAAGUCUAGUCUUGUCUAUGUUAUCAAGUUUUUAAAAUGAGAAAAGAAAAAGUUGACUCUAAAUGUUGAAUCCUGUAAAGGUUUGUUGACUUCAUUCUUGUAUAUAAUGGCUUGCUGCAGUGAAACAUUUUUGGAUUUAUUCUCAAAUCCUGUUUACUGUAUGUCCUUUGCAUUUCAGACUAUGGAAAUAAA